CAAUCUUAAACCAAUUCAUUUGCAGUGUAUACUCGUGUGUACGCGUUUCAUCUAUACAUUCGAUUCUAAACGAUGGAAAGCUUCGGUAUAACGGACCAAUGUCCGGGUAACCUGCAGGCCCUCGAUGCCAAUUUGUUCAUGACCCUGCUCAACGCUUUGAUGCUAUCGAAAUGCAAGCUGAACGUCAAAGAAGCUUACCCGGAGAAUUCCGCGCCGGAAUUGAGCGACGGAGACGAGUUCGAUUUUAUAGUGAUAGGAUCAGGAUCGGGUGGAGCUGCGGUGGCCAAUAAACUGAGCGACAACAAAAACUCGACGGUUCUGGUACUAGAAGCCGGUGAUUACCCGUCGGCUACUAGCGAUAUACCAGGAUUGGUGUUCAGCACGCAGAGAACAUACGAAGAUUGGCAGUACCACACUCAGCCUUCUAAUACAUCCUGCUUGGGUAACAAAGGUAGGAUGUGCAGAUGGCCGAGAGGAAAAGUCUUAGGUGGAAGUAGCAGCAUCAACGCCAUGUUGUAUAUUAAGGGAAACAACCGCGAUUACGAUCAUUGGGCGGAAUUGGGCAACGAUGGAUGGGAUUGGGAAGGCGUUAAAGAUUAUUUCAAGGAAAUUGAAAACUUGGAUCCUUCGAUACAAAGCGAGAAUUUCGGUCGAGAUGGGCUGUUGGAUUUAACAAAAUACGACUCAGGUGAGCCGAUAAAAUACGCCCUACACGAAGCCUACCGAGAGCUAGGUUACCCGAUUUUGAGCGAAGAAAAUCCGGAAAAGCCUCUCGGAAUCCUCGACACGUACAACACCAUCAAAAACGGAAUCCGAGUGAACGCGGCCAAAGCCUUCUUAGGCAAGAUCCGCCACAGAACCAACCUGGUCCUCUCGAUAAAUUCCUUCGUCCAAAAGAUACUCGUCGACGCCGACACCAAAACCGCGUACGGCGUCGAAGCAAAAAUCGGCGAAAGAGUGUUGCAUUUAAAAGCGAAAAAGGAAGUCAUACUAUCGGGCGGUACCAUCAACUCUCCCCAACUGCUAAUGCUUUCGGGAAUCGGACCGAAAGACCACCUGGAAUCGUUAGGAAUCCAACUCGUCAAAAACCUGCCGGUCGGGCGACACUUAGAAGACCACAUUCUCGUAGAAAUAACAGCCAAAGUCAACCCCGACGCCGCUCUAUAUCCGCAUCCUUUAGACAAUAUCUACAAUUACUUCAUACACAACACCGGUAUAUUAUCCACUGUUCACCUCAUCAACACCCUAACGUUCAUAAACACCAAAAACGAUUCCCGAUACCCCAACGUAGGUUUCCACCACGUGCUCUACCCUCAAAACGAUAUUUACAUGAUAUCCACAAUAGGCAGAAUAUACGAAGUGGACGAUCGAAUCAUAGCGGAUAGACUAGAAGCGAUCAAAACCAACGCGCUCUUCAGCCUCGCCGUGACUUUACUCAACCCCAAAUCCAAAGGAAGAGUACUGUUGAACUCCACCGAUCCCCACGACCCGCCCAUCAUCCAUUCCGGCUACCUAACAAUCGAAGACGACAUCGAAACUAUGGUGGAAGGCGUGAGAUUCGCCGAAGCCAUUUACAAAACGGAUCCCAUGAGGAAAUUCGAUCCGAAACUACUAAAACUAACCCUUCCGGCAUGCGAUGGGUACCAGUACGAUUCAGACGAGUACUGGAAGUGCGUCAUCAGGCACCAAGCCGCUACCGUUUACCACUUGAGCGGUACCUGCAGGAUGGGCCCCGUGGAUGACGGCACGGCCGUCGUGGACUCCAGGUUGCGGGUGCACGGGGUGAGGAACUUGAGGGUGGUAGACGCCAGCGUUUUCCCGAAGAUACCGAGCGCCAAUACGCAGGCGGCCGCCAUGAUGGUCGGGCGCAAGGCGGCGGCGAUGAUCGCCGAGGAUUGGGGUCUUAACAGUGGAAAAACCCACGAUGAGUUGUAAAGUAGGGAGAAUAGAAAUUUUCGGUUCCGCGUUAAUUCGGUAAAUUAGGUAAAUGCGAGCGAGAUGUGACGAAACGUUAUGUAAUUUUAUAUAGAUACGCCGUCGCGUUGAAGUGAAAGUAUCGUUCGGAUGCGACCAUAAAAUUACAAUUUUUUUAGGAUUAUUUGUUGUAUUAAAAGAAUAAUUAUGAAACGUACGCGUAAGUGCAAAUUUGUACCCAAUGUGGUCUAUGGGAUCAACUAAGACAACUUCGAUUAGUCUCAUAUGAAGGAAAUAGAAAGGGUGAUAAUAUGGGAUU